AUACAUUGUCACCUUUCCUGUGUGGUACUUGUGCCUGACAAGUCACUGUCAAGGCUUAAACGCCCUAUAAAAGUGAAACAGGAGGCGCCUCAAUCUCAGGCCAAUCUCGAGGCAUCAAGAGCUGAAGGUCAGGAGAACAGACAGCCAUUUAUCGUUGCGCCUCACCUCUGCGAAGACAUGUGGCGACUCCUCCUUGGCUUUACGGUCGUUAUGUCCUAUGAACUGGAAGAGAUGGCGGUGGAGGAUCCGAAAUCUGAGAUAACUGAACUUCAUAUGUCCAUCCGUAAUAACUUUGAAUUCUGGGGGAUAAAAUUGGACCCUUUUAGGUAUUCCAGAGAAUUGGAAAAUACCGCAUACAAAUGGGUGGACACUUGCGAAACGGCACCGCCAUUGAGUGUGAGGUACUUUUUCUCGGAAGCCAAUGUCGUCUCAAGUCCCCUUUUCGCGUCUGUGUCGAGUAAAUGGAGGAGCCUGAUGGCGAAUGAGAGUAAGGCGUACAAUCCAGCUACAGGGGAAUGCGACGUCUCCACAUGCGAUCACUACAGGCGAUUAAUAGAGCCAUAUUACACCGAAUUUGCCUGCGCGGUCCGAUAUUGUCCGAUUGGGAGGUUUGUACCGGAAACCUCAACCCUUACCGUGUGUCUCUAUAAGCCUGGCACUAACGCUCUCAUUGCACCACCCUUUCCGCAUCUUCCACUUUUCAGUGCGGUCGUCGCCUCGUCUUCAGACAAACAUUGGAUGAACGUCCUCAUGUCCAGAGGAAAAGUGGAGAGCAAAAUCCGACCUCCAACCACAGGCAUGGAACGACUUCUUGCAUGCUUUUUUGCUGUCAUGUCCUGUGCAUACGCUGACGCAGGAACAGAGAAAAUGAAGGCGGGACUGAUUGAAUUGCAUAUGUCUCUUCGCAACAACUUUCAAUUCCGGGAUGAGAAAUUAACACCUUUUACGUAUUCCAAGGAGUUGGAGAAUCUCGCAAUGGAAUGGGCAAAGACCUGCAAUAAGUCCGAACCGAAGGAUCCCAGAUACGCCAAUCUUGGCAACAACGUGGGCUCGUGUCCCUUAUACUGGCCGUUGGUGUUUGAGUGGAGCAACCGCCUCUCAUCCCAAAAGAAGGCCUACAAUCCAGCUACUGGCCAAUGCGUCGGCUCCCCUUGCGAGCAUUACAGGCAGGUGGUUCAACCAAACAAUACCAAAUUUGGAUGUGCGAUCAAUGUUUGCAGCUACACAGUUCCUAGUCGGAGAUCGAAGUUGCUCUCCGUGUGCCUCUACCAGGCCGAGUGA